GGCAGGGUUCAUCAUGACAGGGGCUUUUGCUCAUGGAGCUAUUUUUUUCAUUAGGGAUUACAAUCCGGAACAGAAUGAGGAUAAUGUAUUGGCAAGAAUGUUAGACCAUAAAGAAGCUAUCAUAUCUCAUUUAAGUUGGGCUAGCCUCUUUCUAGGAUUCCAUACCUUGGGCCUUUAUGUUCAUAACGACGUCAUGCUUGCUUUUGGUACUCCAGAAAAGCAAAUCUUGAUCGAACUUAUAUUUGCCCAAUGGAUACAAUCUGCUCAUGGCAAGACGACAUAUGGGUUCGAUAUACUCUUAUCUUCAACGAAUGGCCCCGCUUUCAAUGCGGGUCGAAGCCUAUGGUUGCCCGGAUGGUUGAAUGCUGUUAAUGAGAAUAGUAAUUCGCUUUUCUUAACAAUAGGACCUGGGGAUUUCUUGGUUCAUCAUGCUAUUGCUCUAGGUUUGCAUACAACUACAUUGAUUUUAGUAAAGGGCGCUUUAGAUGCACGCGGUUCCAAAUUAAUGCCGGAUAAAAAGGAUUUUGGAUAUAGUUUUCCUUGUGACGGCCCAGGGCGCGGCGGUACUUGUGAUAUUUCUGCUUGGGACGCAUUUUAUUUGGCAGUUUUCUGGAUGUUAAAUACCAUUGGGUGGGUUACUUUUUAUUGGCAUUGGAAACAUAUCACAUUAUGGCAGGGCAACGUUUCACAAUUUAAUGAAUCCUCCACUUAUUUGAUGGGAUGGUUAAGAGAUUACCUAUGGUUAAACUCUUCACAACUUAUCAAUGGAUAUAAUCCUUUUGGGAUGAAUAGUUUAUCGGUAUGGGCGUGGAUGUUCUUAUUUGGACAUCUUGUUUGGGCUACUGGAUUUAUGUUCUUAAUUUCCUGGCGGGGGUAUUGGCAGGAAUUAAUUGAGACUUUAGCAUGGGCUCAUGAACGCACACCUUUAGCUAAUUUAAUUCGCUGGAGAGAUAAGCCCGUGGCUCUUUCCAUUGUGCAAGCAAGAUUGGUUGGAUUAGCUCACUUUUCCGUGGGUUAUAUAUUCACUUAUGCAGCUUUCUUGAUUGCCUCAACAUCAGGCAAGUUUGGUUAAUUUAGUUUGUUUUUUUGUACUGUAUCAGCACCUAGUUCAUUACUCUUGAUAGAGAGGGAGGAUCUGCCUUUUUAGAUUUCUUUUUCUAUUUAUUUUUCCAUCUAGGAUUAGAACCGUAUACUUGGUAAUAAUAGCAACGACACAUUAUGGCAAAAAAAAGUUUGAUUCAGAGGGAGAAGAAGCGGCAGAAAUUAGAACAGAAAUAUCAUUUGAUUCGUCAAUCUUUAAAAAAAAAGAUAAGAAGCAAAGUUUCUCCCUUGAGUUUGAGUGAAAAAACUAAAAUGCGAGAAAAAUUGCAAUCCCUACCGCGUAAUAGUGCACCUACACGCCUUCAUCGACGUUGUUUUUUGACCGGAAGACCUAGAGCUAACUAUCGACAUUUUGGGCUAUCCGGACACGUACUUCGAGAAAUGGUUUAUGAAUGUUUGUUACCGGGUGCAACAAGAUCCAGUUGGUAAGGAUAAAAUACCCUUUCGUAUUUGUAUGGAUUUCUGGAAUUGAUAAUCAUAGAGGAGCCCUCUUUACCAUUCUGUAUAAAUGGACUAUUCUAUUUGUAUAGAUAUUGGUAGAGGGGCGUAUCCAACCCUCUUUUAUCCACUAGUUACCCCUCUUUAGUUUAAGAGUAUAGAGCAGUUUGGUAGCUCAUAAGGCUCAUAACCUUGGGGUUGCGGGUUCGAUUCCCACUACCGGCUCCAUACUCCUUCUUUAUGAUAUAUGCAUGAUAUAAUAUAUACAUCAUGCAUUUGUAUCUGGAUUUUUUGAUUUCCUAAAAGAGUUUUGGUCUAACAGUUUUUUCUCGGAAGAAGAAAAAAAAUAAAAGAAAGAAUAAAAUAUGAAAGAAAAGCGUCCAUUGUCUAAUGGAUAGGACAGAGGUCUUCUAAACCUUUGGUAUAGGUUCAAAUCCUAUUGGACGCAAUCUUAUUUCUAUCUAUUCUUUAAAUAACUAUACUAAACUAAAAACAAAGAAAACUUUUUUGCAUGAUUCAAAUGAAAAAUCUUUCUCAACGAUUCCUAUUCUACUAACAAGAGUAGACAUGCAAAAUUUAUUUGUUACUGAAGAGAAAACCGUUCCAGCUGUUCCUGAAUAGCUUCCUUCAAAA